ACUGAGAGAGUUUUCCCGGGAUUUCUGACCUGCCUGAGGUUAUUUUUCUUGUAAAAAGACAGAGAGAGAGAGGUUCGCACUCAGAGAGAGAGAGUGGGGGGACAGCGGAGGGAUGCCGCCUGUGUCGGAAACAGAGCCGGAGCUGGGGCACGGUGAAAACCUGAAAAAGACAGACUACUUGUGCCCCAUCUGUUUGGAAAUCUUUCUGGAGCCUGUCACACUGCCAUGUUCUCAUACAUUCUGCAAACCCUGCUUCCUGGAGACAGUGGAUAAGGCUAAUAUAUGCUGUCCACUCUGCCGAAAGCGAGUGUCCACCUGGGCCAGACUUAAUGGAAGAAACAAGACACUAGUGAAUGUAGAGCUGUGGAAACGUAUCCAGGAGGCUUUCCCAACUCACUGUGAGCGCAGGUUAAAUGGAAUCGAUGAUGAUGAAGAAGUAAAUCCAUUGCUUCCAAUGCCCAAGGUUUGCCAACCGGGAGAGCUCAGACAAGAGUAUGAGGACCAGAUAAACAAGUUUGUAGAAGAAAAACGAGCUCUUGAGGAGGCAGAAAGAAGAGCCAGCGAAGAGUACAUCCAACGCCUUCUGGCUGAAGAAGAGGAGCGAGUGGCUGAGGAGAGAAAGAGGCAGGAAGAAAGGCAGCUGAAGGACGAUGAGAUAUUAGCAAGACUACUCAGUAAAGAGCUGAACUCAAGUCCUGUUUCAGAAUCUCAGAGAAAUGUUAAAGUGAUCGAUGCCACCCCUGCCAAGAAAAAGAAACCAUGUGUUGGACACAUUGAAAAGUACCUGUGCCAGCUGCCUCAUGCACAGCCUCACAUAGAAAAUAAACCAUCCUCCAGUCUCUUGGACAAUAAGGAAAACAUUUUGAACGCCUCAGCCACAUUUUCUCCCAGCUCUAAUGGCCUUUCCAGUCUCGAAAUACCUUUACAGGAGUACAGUGAGAACUCUAUUUCAGUCUUUGAGCCAGACGCUACAAAACAGCUUUCUAAUGCUGCUCACACAUCUGUUUCCUUUAAAAGAAAGACUGUAGAUAAUGAGCAAAUAGAAGAAUCUGACCUCUAUAAGAGGCCCUGUUUUUCCUUACCGUCGUCGCCUCUACACGAGGAUCUCCUGCAGGUGCACGCUCUGCGAGAGGAGGCUGAGAGGAGCCGCUUGCUGCAGGAGGAGGAGGACAGGAGGAUGGCACAGCGGCUUCAAAGAGAGCUGGACCGCGAGAACGCUGUGAACCGCAGGAAAGGCUCGGUUGAUGGGUAUUUACUAAGGCAGAAAACAAGCCCCUCAUCCACCAGCAGUACGAGCUCAAGUGACGAAGACAAAAAGUGUAAAGCUGGAAUUCCAGCAGCACAGUCCUUCAUGGGAAAAGCGGAGGGACGUGCAGUUGCUAGUGGGAAACCUGAAGGGAAAACUCCCAAAAAAAGCCCUGUUUCUACUCAGGUGUCCCCUUUCUCAGCCUUCUCACAGCAGAAGGGCACUAAGCAGACCACCCUUAUUGAAAUGUUUCCAAACCUGGGUAGCUGAACUCUUAAAACAUCCCACAUACUGUUAAACUCUCAGAUUAAACUUUAGUAGUUAGCAUUCAUUCUUCAUCUCUCCUACUUUUGCAUAUGUUCAGAUUUGUUUAUAAGAGAUAUAAUUUAGGUAAUUGUUGCAAAAAGGUAAUUUUUCUGCAUGUUUGUAUUCUUUAAGCUACCCUUAUAUUGGGGGGGGGGGAAGGUUAUUAAUUAAAAAAAAUUAAAACAAUGAAAAUGGAAAAUCUGAUUUACAUGAUCUAAAAGGUUUUAAAUCUAAAGUCUAUUGGAUUACUAUAACACCUCAUCAAUAGGUAGCCAUUAAAUGCUAUGCAGUCAAUUUAUGGUGUACACAGAGGGGAUACUUUCAGUUUAUAUAUUUAUUUGGUAUGUAGAGGUACAUGGUCAACUUUUUAGUGUGUAAUGAUUAAAAAAUAAUAACUUAUACACAUUAAUAAAAAAAACAAAGUUCACGGCGCCCAGGUGACGCACCAGGAUAUUCUGCUAGCACACCAGCGCAGAGAUUCUGAACUCCUCGUUUCGAAAUUCGACGUUGCCACCGGUCGUCUGGGCGCCAUCAGGUGGGCAUAAUUGGCAAUGCCUGCAGCAAAUACUAACUGGCCACCGUAUCUGCAGGGUAAGGGCCGGACUAUGUGUGGGUGGGAUCUUCAUACGCUGUGUAAGGACCCUAAUUGGCAGAAGUGACGUCUGUGCAGAAUUCAUGGGCGAGAAGAGGCGUGUACAGCGACGUGCUCUCUUUGGAUGCAAGUGGGUAUCCCUCAGCAGCGGAAGACAAAAAUGGGUAAAAAAUGCAUUAAAAAAAACAGUGGGGUCAAAGUAUUAAGACACCACAGAUGGGUAACCUUGUUGGCAAACAUCUUUUUGACCGGUAAUGCAUAGUGACUUCUGCAGUUUUACGGUUUCAUUUUGACCAAUCCGUACCAGCUAACUUCCUUUCUAAGGUUAAAGAUAAACAAUACAGUCUGAUAAUCUUGUUCUUUUCAUAUAUCGAGAAGUUAUCUUUCUUAACCUAUGUAUCAUCAGUCUGACGCAUUUGUUCACAUAUCACUUACGAUUCUAUGAACUCAGCUUUUAUGGAAUUUUUAAAUUAAUUAUGCUGACAGAAAUGUAUGUGGUUUGCUAUAGCUUUAGAGCCUUUAUGUUUAGCUGCUGUUUAUUUUUCCCUGAACUGUAGGAAGCUGCUUCACCAUGAUUGCUGCUCCUACUUGUCCAACAUCACUUCUAAUAAAACAAGGUGCUUCAAUAAUG